CAAGGAGAAGGGAACCAAGCUCGCUUGCCGGGCUCCCUCCAACUUGCUCCUAAGCUCAAGCUGGGCGGCGGAGCAUUCUAUUAGCUGCAGCUCCAGGUACCCCCUAAGGUGAUGGAGCCCAGUGAGUCAUUCUCACUCGUUGUGGAGGAGGCGAAGAACGAUGGUACCAAUGGCAAUGGCUGUCUGGAGCCUGAGGAACAUGGCCCUAGUGUCAAUUCACUUACACAUCCCGUUCCUUCUUCGUCUGUUGCUGAAAGUUCCUGCUGUCUUCAGGUUCUCCUCAAAGGACAGGCUUCUACUGAUCCUCCUACUGCGGAUGCCGAGCUGCUGCCCAGGACAUCACCUUUUGCCAUCGAUGAUCCUCUGGCAACAAAAGUUAUAGAGAAUGAAUAUCCAAAGGAAAUCAGUCUGCUCAAUCAAAAAGAUGAAGAAUGGAGUUUUUAUCCAAGACAUGGACAUCUUCAUACCUAUCAUAAGGGGAAAAAGUGUCAUUUCGAUGGUGUCUUUCGGGCAUACCAGAGAUUUUCAACAGAGAUAACAUUGGACAAAUGUUUUGGGAGGAAAAAAUAUGACAUUGAUGAAAGGAAUGGACUCCCAGAACGAAUUCCAGGGGAUAAACCAUAUUUAAGACCAGAAGAAUGUCCAGACUUUUACAAAGAUGGAGCAACUAUAGCGCCAAUAAAUUUUUCAAGAAUCCCAUAUAUAAAGAAAGUAGAUACAUUUAUUCCUCUGGAACCUCUGCCAAAAGAGUAUAACUUGCCUUAUUUUGUGAAGGAGAAAAAAAGGAAAAAAGAAAAAGAAAUAAAGGAAGUAGAAGAACUUGAUAAUUGGAUGCCAGCAGUCCCCCUAAUGGAUUGGUUAUUCCCCCCUGUACCAGUGACGAAACAAAAAGUGAUAACAAUUUGAAAAGCAUUGGAUGCUAUAAGAAUAAAACUUUUUGGGAGGUUAUGUAAAAAACAUGUCAGAGUACACCCUUCUUGCUUGUUUAUUAUAUUCAGCUUGACUUUUUUUAAAACAUGAAUUUUCUUUUAAAAAUAUUAAAGUUUUCUUGAUAAUCUUUGA